AUGUCCGAGGCAGAGCCAUCGUCGACCGAGCCGUCUCCGUACGGAGGCGACGUGCCGGAGUUUUACCACCUCCAGAUGCACUCGCUUCGCUUCCCGGCGCUCCUGGUGCGCCGGGACGCCGCCGCCUCGAACGGCGGGUUCUUCGGCGGUGUCCCCGCCUCGGACGAGGCCAUCGCCGCUCUGCCGGCGGAGACGACGGCGGGCGAGGGCGAGACUAGGGGAAAGGAGUGCGCGGUGUGCCUGGAAGCUUACGAGGCGGGCGACACGCUCAGGACCAUGCCCUGCGCGCACGGCUUCCAUGAGAGCUGCAUCUUCGAGUGGCUCCGGGUCAGCCGCCUCUGCCCGCUCUGCCGGUUCGCGCUGCCGGCGGCGGUGGAAACAGAGUCGCCAUUCAUGGGGGACGACGACGGCGGCGGCGGCGAUCGCGAAGAAGAACCGGGUGCAUCUGAUUCAUGA